UCGAAGAGGGCGAGUCGUCCGAUUUCACUUUGAACUGGAACUCAUCCGUGACCCAAUCAGGUGGCCUGGGACGAGAGCUGGAGAAUGAGACGAGGGAGAUCCAGGCUUUGGAAGAGAGGAACAGCGUUACGAGCCAGGAAGAGAGAAAUGAGGAAGAUGAAGACAUGGAGGACGAGUCAAUUUACACCUGCGAUAACUGUCAGCAGGACUUUGAUUCGCUGGCAGACCUGACCGAUCAUAGGGCGCACAACUGUCCUGGAGAUGGCGACGACGACCCACAACUCUCCUGGGUGGCUUCAUCUCCCUCCAGCAAAGACGUUGCAUCACCCACUCAGAUGAUCGGAGAUGGGUGUGAUCUCGGCAUUGGGGAGGAGGAAGGGGGGACUGGCCUGCCGUAUCCCUGUCAGUUUUGCGACAAGUCCUUCAUUCGCCUGAGCUACCUUAAACGGCACGAGCAGAUCCACAGCGACAAGCUACCUUUCAAGUGCACCUACUGCAGCCGGCUUUUCAAGCACAAGAGGAGCAGGGACCGGCACAUCAAGCUGCACACGGGGGACAAGAAGUACCAUUGCCACGAGUGCGAGGCGGCCUUCUCGCGCAGCGACCACCUCAAGAUCCACCUGAAGACCCACAGCUCCAGCAAGCCGUUCAAGUGCACGGUCUGCAAGCGCGGCUUCUCGUCCACCAGCUCGCUGCAGAGCCACAUGCAGGCCCACAAGAAGAACAAGGAGCACAUGGCCAAGAGUGACAAGGAGGCAAAGAAGGACGACUUCAUGUGCGACUACUGCGAGGAGACCUUCAGCCAGACUGAAGAGCUGGAGAAGCAUGUCGUGACCCGCCACCCGCAGCUGUCUGAAAAGGCGGACCUGCAAUGCAUCCAUUGCCCCGAAGUAUUUGCUGAUGAGAACUCGCUGCUUUCCCACAUCCAUCAAGCCCAUGCCAACAAAAAACACAAGUGCCCAAUGUGCCCGGAGCAGUUUUCUUCAGUAGAGGAAGUGUAUUGCCACUUGGAUAGCCAUCGACAGCCUGAUUCGAGCAACCACAGCAUCAGUCCUGACCCCGUCUUGGGCAGCGUGGCAUCUAUGAGCAGUGCAACGCCAGAUUCCAGUGCGUCGGUAGAGCGGGGCUCUACCCCUGACUCAACUUUGAAACCGUUGAGAGGGCAAAAGAAGAUCCGAUCGUUAGAAAGAGAAGAGGGCCAGACGUGGUCCAAGGUCUCCUACAGCUGCCCCUACUGCACCAAGCGUGACUUCAACAGUCUCGCCGUCUUGGAGAUCCACCUGAAGACCAUCCACGCGGACAAACCUCAGCAAAGCCACACGUGCCAGAUCUGCCUUGAGUCCAUGCCCACGUUGUACAACUUGAACGAACACGUGAGGAAGGUGCAUAAAAACCAUGCAUAUCCCAUGAUGCAGUUCAACAACAUUUCAGCCUUCCACUGUAAUUAUUGCCCUGAGAUGUUUGCUGAUAUCAACAGCUUGCAGGAACACAUCCGCAUAGCUCACUGUGGGCCGGGUGCCACAGCGCCAGAUGGUAACAAUGCCUUUUUUUGCAACCAGUGCUCCAUGGGCUUCCUGACCGAAGCGUCUCUGACUGAGCACAUCCAGCAAACUCAUUGCAGCAUAGGAAAUUCCAAAUUGGAUUCCCCUGUGGUUCAACCCUCCCAGUCUUUCAUGGAGGUCUAUUCCUGUCCCUAUUGCACAAACUCGCCCAUUUUUGGCUCCAUCCUCAAGCUAACCAAGCACAUUAAAGAGAACCACAAGAACAUUCCGCUGGCGCACAAUAAGAAGUCGAAAGGCGAACAGAGUCCAGUUUCUUCGGAUGUUGAGGUCUCUUCCCCCAAAAGGCAGCGGCUCUCUGCGAGCGUCAACUCCGUUUCGAACGGCGAAUACCCGUGUAAUCAGUGCGAGCUCAAGUUCUCCAACUUUGAAAGCUUCCAGACUCAUCUAAAGUUGCACUUGGAGUUGCUUUUAAGGAAGCAGUCAUGCCCUCAGUGCAAAGAAGACUUUGACUCCCAAGAGUCUCUUCUGCAGCACCUGACCGUGCAUUACAUGACUACUUCAACCCAUUAUGUGUGUGAGAGCUGCGACAAGCAGUUUUCAUCGGUCGAUGAUCUGCAGAAGCAUUUGCUAGACAUGCAUACUUUUGUGUUGUAUCACUGCACCCUUUGCCAAGAGGUUUUCGACUCCAAGGUCUCUAUCCAAGUGCAUCUGGCAGUGAAGCACAGCAAUGAGAAAAAGAUGUAUCGGUGUACAGCCUGUAACUGGGACUUCCGGAAGGAGGUGGACCUCCAGAUCCAUGUGAAGCACAGCCAUUUGGGCAACCCAGCUAAGUCCCACAAAUGCAUCUUUUGCGGAGAGACCUUUAGUACGGAGGUGGAGCUGCAAUGCCACAUCACGACACACAGCAAGAAAUACAACUGCAAGUUCUGCAGCAAAGCUUUCCACGCCAUCAUCUUGCUUGAAAAACACUUGCGGGAGAAACAUUGUGUUUUUGACGCUGGCGCCGAGAACGGGACGGCGAAUGGUAUGACGCCGGCCAAUAAGAAGGCCGAAUCUGCGGACAUCCAGAACAUGUUGAUGAAAAAUCCUGAUACGUCCAACAGCCAUGAAGCUAGUGAGGAUGAUGUGGAUGCUUCAGAGCCUAUGUAUGGGUGUGACAUCUGCGGGGCUGCAUAUACGAUGGAGGUCCUUUUGCAGAACCAUCGGUUGAGGGACCAUAACAUCAGACCAGGGGAGGAUGAUUGUUCCAGGAAGAAAGCUGAAUUCAUCAAGGGGAGUCACAAGUGCAACAUCUGCUCAAGGACCUUUUUCUCGGAGAAUGGCCUCCGGGAGCACAUGCAGACUCACCGAGGCCCAGCAAAGCAUUACAUGUGCCCCAUUUGCGGGGAACGCUUCCCGUCGCUUUUGACCCUGACGGAGCACAAAGUGACUCACAGUAAGAGCUUGGAUACAGGAACGUGCCGGAUCUGCAAAAUGCCUCUGCAGAGUGAGGAAGAAUUCAUUGAGCACUGCCAGAUGCAUCCUGACCUUAGAAACUCCCUCACUGGGUUUCGCUGCGUCGUCUGCAUGCAGACGGUCACCUCGACUCUCGAGCUGAAAAUCCACGGGACGUUCCAUAUGCAAAAACUGGUAGGGAGCUCUGCGGCAUCCUCUCCCAAUGGCCAGGCCUUGCAGAAACUCUACAAGUGUGCUCUGUGCUUGAAAGACUUCAGGAACAAGCAAGACCUGGUGAAACUGGACGUCAAUGGUCUGCCGUACGGCCUGUGUGCUGCAUGCAUGACUCGGAGCACCAACGGACAGUCCUUAGGGAUGGCUACGCCAGAUGUUAGCGAAAGACCGUGUGGAAGCCUGCGGUGUCCGGAGUGUAGUGUCAAGUUCGAAAGCGCUGAAGACUUAGAGAGCCACCUGCAGCUGGAUCACAGAGACCUGACACCUGAAACGAGUGGCCAAAAGAAGGGUACCCAGACAUCCCCUGUUCCUAGAAAAAAGACCUAUCAAUGCAUCAAGUGCCAGAUGACCUUUGAGAAUGAGCGAGAGAUACAGAUCCAUGUUGCAAAUCAUAUGAUUGGUGCUGCCCCAAUACCCAAUGGCGAGGUCUUGUAUUCUUUUCCAGCUCCUGGCUUACUGGAGAGGAGGAUUUUGAAAAAUGCUAUUGCAGAGGAAGGCAUCAAUCAUGAGUGCAAGCUGUGUAACCAGAUGUUUGACUCUCCGGCAAAGCUCCUGUGUCACCUGAUUGAGCACAGCUUCGAGGGGAUGGGAGGCACAUUCAAAUGCCCUGUUUGUUUUACAGUUUUUGUACAGGCAAAUAAAUUGCAGCAGCACAUCUUUGCUGUCCACGGGCAAGAGGAUAAAAUUUACGACUGUUCGCAGUGCCCGCAGAAGUUCUUCUUUCAGACGGAACUUCAGAACCACACGUUGAGCCAGCAUGCUCAGUAAGCCCCCGGCACGACAGGACACCUCUCCGCAGAAGACUUGACGGCAGCCCAGUGGGGAGGACCAUUUGAACAUUACAUCCAAUCAAAGUGUCAUUUGCAACCCAGAUGUAAAACUCUAAUGAUUUGGCCAUGAGGCGCUGCUAUUAUAAGCAGCUGGAAAUGAAUAUUAAUGGAAGAGAUUAAAAGUAUUCCAUGCUCAGUAUUUUUUAUUGUCCUGCUUAAGCCUAGUGUACUUUAAAGCUUCUGCUUCUGACUGAAUUUAUAGUUGCUAGAUAGGAAUCUGCUUUGAUGCUGCUGCCCUUUGUUGCUUCUUGUAUUAUACUGAUAGUUCAAGAUUUAGAAGUGAUUCCCCCUCCCCCUUU